AUGGCCACUACGAAUCCAUUUGAUUUGCUUGGCGAUGAUGUUGAGGACCCUUCUCAGCUCAUCCUAACCGAACAGCUCAAAGCGGCUGCGGCUCCUCUGAAGAAACCUGCUGAGAAGGACCAGGGAAAGCGUACUCAGCCGAAUAAGCCGGCUCAGCUUCCUUCUAAGCCGGCUCCACCCGCUCAAGCUGUGAGGGAAUCCAGGAAUGAAGGAGGUCGAGGAGGUCGUGGUGGACAAGGAGGUGGUCGUGGAUUUGGAGGUGGACGUGGUGGCGGCCGUGGACGCGGUUUUGGUCGUGACUUCUCUUCAAACGACGAGAACUCAUUCCCUGCCUCUAGAGCCCCUGAUAGUCAGGGUGCUCUUGAAGGGGAUAAGUUUUCUGAGAGACGUAGCUUUGGUGGGCCACGACCUGCCUAUCGUGGAGGUCGUCGUGGAGGUUUCAGCAAUGGUGAAGGUGGUGAAGAAGGAAGACCUCGAAGGGCAUUUGAACGCCAUAGUGGCACUGGGAGAGGAAGCGAAUUCAAACGUGAAGGUGCUGGACGAGGUAACUGGGGGACAGAAAAUGAUGAAGUUACCCAGGUAACCGAUGAAGUUGUCAAUGAAGCUGAAAAGAAUUUGGGUGAUGAGAAGCCUGCUGCUGAAAAUGAUGUUGCUGAAGGUAACAAGGAUAGUCCUGUUAAUGAAGCUGAAGAAAAAGAGCCGGAAGAUAAGGAGAUGACUUUGGAGGAAUAUGAGAAACUGCUGGAAGAGAAAAGAAAGGCUUUGCAAGCACUCAAGACUGAAGAAAGAAAGGUUGACGCGAAAGAGUUUGAAACUAUGCAGGCCCUAUCGUGCAAGAAGGACAAUUUUGAAAUCUUUGCUAAAUUGGGAUCUGAUAAGGAUAAGCGCAAAGAGGCUCUUGACAAAGAGGAGAAAGCCAAAAAGUCUGUCAGCAUCAAUGAGUUCCUGAAGCCAGCUGAAGGUGAAGGCUAUUACAACCAAGGUGGACGUGGUAGAGGACGCGGCCGUGGUACAAGAGGAGGUUUUGGAGGUUUCCGUGGAAAUUCGACAAGCAAUGUACCCGCCCCAUCCAUUGAAGAUCCUGGUCAUUUCCCAACCUUGGGUGCCAAGUGA